AUGACUACCGCCGAGCCUGUAGAAAAAGUUGAAGUUGACGUGUACAGCGACAUCGACGAAGACUUUCGGGAGUCGAUUGAACAGAUCGAAAAGCUGUUCUGUCUCGUCCUUUUCCCCAUAGUUGGCCGGUUCUUGGGCCGGAAAUUUGCAUUUUACGCCUGGGGUCGCUGUAUGGACAAGUAUGCCGCUGUUCAUCGGUAA